AUGGGGAGGCACAUAAUUCUUGAUGACUGUAGGGAUGUACAACACCGGGAAAUCGUUGACUUUCUGCUCGACCAUGGCGUCGACAUCAAUCGUGACGAUGUAAUGCGCAGCACUGGCAGGCAUAGUGUACCACUCUCAAGUGACUAUAGCACUUUCGAUAAGACUCUGGGCGUUCUAAAUGCAGCUGCCGCGAGAGGUGAUAUCAAAAUGUUUGAUCAUCGGGUCCUCUCGGGGUGCGGACUACAUACCGCCGCAGCUUACUGUUCUGACCCCGUCAAGGUAAAGGCCAUGAUUGCACAUCUUGUAGCUACGUACAGCUUCGAUCCCAAAGCCAAGGAUAAUGUGAUCGGCCUACGCAGCCUGGGUAUUGAUCCUAGUGACACUGGCGUACCUUUGGACUUCACUACCCGCCAGGAACACCGCGCCGCGCUGCGCAGGCCCAACUUGAGCACGGCGCAGACCCAAAUCUCGGAAGAGCUCGAAGGACCAGUGCGGUACCUGCCUUGUGGAGAAGUCCACCUCCGCAGGCCAUUUGAGUGGGAUCAAGACUGA